GGUAUAGGUAUAUGAAUCUGGCUCCAGUGGAAGUGAGCCAGAACCAUCAUUACCUAUACUACUCCCUUCCCUGUUCGUCAUAUAUUGAUGAUGUCAUCAAGAAUCGAAUAUUCAUUAAAUGCUACAUUCGGCACUUAAUGUUAGACUGGGUAUGCCUGCCAUUAAUAAGAGUGAUUACAUGACACAAGUUGCCCCUACGCACAACAGCCGAGCAUCGUUGAACUUUUCUACUAUCUGGUUAAGAAACUAACUCUAAAAUGCACGUUGACAUGGCCAUAAUCAGGGACUUAGAUUAUGUCAACAAACAGAUGAUUAAUUUCAGUUCAUACAUUAACUGGAUUGCAGCUGCAAUUCUCCACGUCAUACCCCGAACAAUCAGAACGUAGGCCUACACUUAGACACCCCACGGAGAUGACACUACAGCAGACCGGAUUAAUCCACAGCUCACUGGAACACAUACUGAAGAUGCAGGAAGAUCUUCAAUCAGCACAAGACUGGAUAUCAGCACAGUUCCUGCUAAAGAUGAUCAUCCCACUUCGCAGAGGAGGAAGCAGAAGCAGUCCCCGAAGGGGAUACCACCGGAAAUGCCUUCAGACCCUACCGACAUCGCUUGCCCAAUGGAUAACGAGUUAGAACUACAGAAGAUCAAAGAUACGACCACAUCGAAUCCAGUCGAACUAGCCGGUUUACAGACAUCGACCCAAGAUUACACAAGUUCAGCAAGGGGCUAUCAGCAUCUUAAAGGAGUCAGAGACCACUCACGGGUUCUACUCCCCAGUAUUCCAGGUACCUACGCUUUGCAGUCAACGGUCAGAGAUACCAGUUCAGGGUACUACCAUUCGGCAUAUCCUUAGCCCCAUGGUUAUUCACCAGGUUCACCAAUCCCAUCAUCGGUUUGCGCCCAUAUCAGUUCAUAAGGCUUCUCGGAUAUAUAGACGAUUUCCUAUUGGCCGAUCAGGACAAUCGCAAUUAGUUUAAACACAGUGUGCCUCACUACUAACACUCUUAGGUUUCCUGGUUCACCCACUAAAACAGAGCUAGUACCCACACAGGCAUCACCUACAUAGGCGCAAGAUUCUACUCAACAAGGGCAUAGCAGCACCCCCAGAAAACAGAUAUGCAAGAGUAGAGCACACGAUAACAAGCCCACUCGAUCAGGCCGUCAAGUCGAGACGCUGGUGGAUGUCUCGCCUAUGCCCGUUCACAUCUAUCCAAGAUUUAACCUACAGAGGCACAUGGUCUCAGCCUUUACUGAAGGAGGUUACAUGUUUAUAUGCCUUGGUAGACUCAGUUAGUUGCAAGAUCGAAGCAAGACACAUACCGGGCAAGCUAUAUACCCUAGCAGAUUACCUAUCCCGGAAGAACAAGAUAGUACCCACAGAAUGGUCACUACAUCCCGAGGUGUUCAAGUGGAUAACCCAGCUAUGGGAUACUCCAAACCUAGAUCUAUUCGCCACAUGUCUCAACAACAAUCUACCAGUCUACGUCAGCCCGGUACCAGACCCACAAGCACUCCAAGUCGAUGCGCUCGCCAUGGAAUGGGAGGGAAUGUUUGCAUACACUUUUCCCUCAUGGGCUCUCGUAGACAGAGUACUGAAGAAAAUAGAGGAAACAGACUGUGUCAUAAUCCUCAUAGCCCCGGCAUGGCCAGAAAGGGCUUGGUUUCCGAGACUUCUACAACCUCUGGUAGAAGUACCUCUGAAACUCCCAGUAUGUCACGACCUAUUCGACUUUCCGAAAAGUCAAGUUCAAUGAGAGUUAUCCGUCUUGAGUUGGAACUCUUCAAUUGGUUGGAUGAACUUCCGCCGAGUAGUGUCAACUUCCGUCGAAAAUAGCGCGCUGCUUCGAAGCUGUCAAAAUGGGGAAGCAAUACUGCUGUAUUUGUAGCAAUUUUAGGGGAAAGAUAGUCGGUGAAAGAAUAGUAUCUCUACACGUCAUUCCAGUAAGCAAGUCCCUACGACAAGCGUGGAUAAGGCGACUUCGGUUAGUGAGAAAAGACCUCACAGUGACCAAGCACACGGAAAUAUGCUCAGAACAUUUCGUGGGUGGUAACGGUCCAGGCAUAGGGCAUGAUGUUCCAUCGAUUUUUCCGAAGAAAAAUUACAGUACUUGCACAGUGUCUGAUGCUGACUUUGUUGAUACCUCUAAGCCAAAUGAAAGCCCAUUCAAGCAGGCCUGUGACCCUGAAUCUCCCAAAGUGACUAUGCAGAUACACGGAGGGACUCCUCAGUCUGAUGAAAUUGAACAUCAUUCCACAACAUUCAGUCAAGGUGCCAGAUCCUAUGACGUUGCAUCAAUUAUGCUGCAUGACUACUGUGAGGCUGUGUGUGAAGACGACAUCAGUUGCAUAAGAUAUGGAUCAUCGCAAACAGAAAUGGUGGAAGUUAGAAGCAUGUCUACUCAAACUGACGAUGUAAUGUUCCAGUGUUUAAAUCCUGAGAAAACAUCCUGUGCAAUGACUCAGACUGAGACUGAAAAUAAAAAAGUCUUUCGCAAUCAAGCCACUCAAGUCAAACUUCCUGAUUUAACAUUUUUUGAUGUGAAGAAUGAUUCAGAAUUGGUAACCUAUUAUACAGGUCUUGUGGAUGCAGAAAAGUUUUCAUGUUUAUUUGACAAGUUUUCUGAGGUUCAUGACAGGGACUAUCCAACUUCCAAUAUCGGAUGCCCUAAAUCUUUGUCUUUGAUAGACGAGUUCUUUCUAGUGUUGAUGCGUCUUAGACUUGGACUCCUAGUUGUUGCUUUAUCAAAGCGAUUUCAUAUUUCCAGAAGCUGCUGUGCUGAUGUCAUUAAUAGAUGGAUUGAUAUUUUGUACAACAAUUUAUCCUUCCUAGUUGUCUGGCCAUCAAUGGAUACUAUUAAUACAACUAUGCCUCAAGGUUUUAAAGAUCUGUAUCCAAAUACAAGGGUUGUUAUAGAUUGUACAGAAUUAUUUACAGAAAAACCUUACUCUAUUGGUAAACAGUCACAAAUGUACAGUCAUUAUAAAAGUCACAUAACAUUUAAAGCGCUUGUUGGUGUCACUCCAAAUGGUGUUGUUAGCUUUGUCUCUGACUUGUGGUCAGGAGCUAUAAGUGACCGGCAAAUAACAGUAGAAUCAGGACUUUUAGAUUUGUGUGAUGUAGGUGAUGCAAUCAUGGCGGAUAAGGGAUUUACAAUCUCAGACUUGACAACACCAAAAGGUAUACUCCUAAUAAUUCCACCAAAGAAACAUAAGAGAAAACAGCUGACUGCUGUAGAAAUUGAACAAACUAGGAGAAUAGCGAACUUGAGAAUCCAUGUUGAAAGGCACAUGGAACGUGUCAAGAAUUUCAGAAUUUUGCAGGGUAUAAUUCCAAUUACAAUUUCAAAAUCUGUAAACAAAAUCUGGAAAAUCUGUAAUGCUUUGACUACUCUGCUUCCCCCUCUUUAUCCUCAUGACCAAGAAAUUGAUGACAAUUACUUCUUUGAUGACAGUUCCUUGCUUGCUCUGUAAUUAGUAGGAUUAGCAUAAUCUUAUUGCAGCUCCAGAUGUGAAUGGUCACUUGAUAUUUUCUGCUAUAUUUAAACUUAAUAAUCAUGGUAUCAUGAUAACAAUUUGUAUUGAAAACAUUGAGCCAAAUAAGUCUAGACAAAUAAGUCUAUUUUUGUCGAAUAUGACUAUUGACAUGACCACCUACUGGCUGUCUAUUUUUGUUUUACUUAUUGAAUCAAAGCAUUGAUAUAAAAAUCCUGACUCUUCAUAUAAGUAGAUAAACAAUUUCAUGUUUUAGCUGUGACAGCAGGAUCAUAGUCCCAUGGUUCUAAUUUUUGUAACAAUAACUAAAAAUGAAAGAAAUAAACGCUUGAUGAUUUUCUUUAA